AAUUUUCUUUUUUGGCAAAAUAUUUAGUUUUUAUAAAAUAAUAACAAUUCUACUACAUUUUUUAUGUUCAAAGCCAAGAAAGUAGAUCCGUGCAAAGUCAACGCUUGCAAGAUUCAAACGUGCUUAAAAGAAAAUAACUUCCAGGAGGAUGCUUGUCUUGAGGUGCUAGAGGAGAUGCGUCAGUGCUGUCUCAAGUGGCACAGAGAAUCCUUGUGUUGUUCCGGCAUAAAACUUGAGAAGAGUUACCUGGAGAAGCAGGAGGAGAAGAAGUAGAGGAUGGAUCAGAAUCGUCGGAGGGGUAUUCAACCAAAACGAACACUCCUCAAUAAGUAUCCACGAACAAUUAUUGUCCUUGGGACAUCUGUGUGCCUGCUGGUGUUCUUCUCGCGCCCCCUGUACGACGCCUUCAUCCGCACAGAUCGCAUCCCGCAUCCCAAGUGGGGCCCCAACGGUCCCUCCAAGUAGGAUCUUCGUGUGUGGGUGUUUGAGAGACAAUGGAGUCUGUGAAGAAGGCAAAUGCAAGACUAAGAAAUUAUCCCCUUUUAAUGGGUAAAUGUGCUGAAGCAGCCACCAAAUACGCUGCUUGUGUUACAAAAGACUUUAAUGUGGGGCACAAGAGUUGCCAGAGUGAAUUUGAUGCCCUCAAAGUGUGCCUGGAACGUGUAGCUAAGAACCUCAAGACGCGUCUUUAGGAUCAUUUUGAAGUAAAUUGCAAAGAAAAAAUGUUUACCGCAUUUUUCCGGAAGGUUUCCUUCGAAGCUCAUCUUGUGCUGAAUUUCGUCCUCCGGCUCAUUCUAAUUCUCUACGGGGACUUUAUGGAUCAGCACUCGGAGGUUCCUUUCACGGACAUUGACUAUAAGGUAAUUUUCUUUUAAUUUUAUUGAAUGAAGAUCAUGUAACAGGGCUAAUUUCUCAGGGGUGUAAUCAGGGAUGAUAUUUGAGUGUCUUAACACCUUUAAAGUUUAGGUUCAAUCGAAAAAAAAAACAUUUAGAGCCAAAAAGUGCAUAAAAAAUUAUAAGACUUUCAAAUAUUAUGCGUUAAGAAUAAACGUCAAAUUUUUGAAAAGAUAUGCCAAACGGUUAGGAAAAGGAAUGUCAAACGGUUAGGGAAAGGAAUAUCAAACGUUUAGAGAAAAUAAUGUUAAACAGUUAAAAAAAAAAGAACUUAAAACGUAUAGAGAAGAGUGUCAAAUGGUUUGAAGAAAGAAUUUCAAACGUUUACGAGGAAAAAAAUGUCAAAUAGUUAGACAAAGGAACG